AUGGUACGAGUGAAAUUGUACGAGAAUAAUCGCUUGACCUUCGAGGAUUCCCUGCAAAGAUCUACGCUCUAUAUACACAAGCGCUCAUGCACCGGUCAGGCGCCGAGAGGGGGGCCUUGGGCAUUCACCCGUAUUCCUGCCUUAGAUCGCUGGCAUCAAUCUUCCGCGCAUUCAGAUUGGCUCCUUGGAUCUCGCGAUGGAGCUAAAGGCACUCUCCCCAUAAACUGCAAGACAGCUAUUCAUAGCAACAGUGGCACCUACAAUAGACUACGCCUCUAG